AUGAAUGCCACGGAGAACGGGCGACCUUGUUUCAAUGCCUUCGACUUCGCCUCUCACCUGCAAGGAGGCUUUGGCAAACACCUGGGACGACAUUCUCGUGCCCCCUGCCUCCAUAGCUGCCUGUCAACCGACGCUGCACGUCGGGAAAACUGUGCUGCCACCCAGGAAAUGGAUCAUCCCGUCUUGGAACUCUUGAGGACUCCUGCAGGGCUGGUGGGUGUGGUACGUGCUGUGGUGGAGGCUGUAAGGCUGAGCAGCAAUAUGAAUACCCAGCAGCAGCAGCAGCAGCAGUGUGUCUCUGGGGUAACGGUCUGGUGUGAUGGCAAUGCUUACGUAGUGACAGACAGUUUUGGCCAAACAGAACAGAGCAAGUUUGAGUGCCAGCAGUGUACUAGGAGUUUCAAAUCCAAAAACGGAUUAAAGAUCCACCUUCAGACUCACACAAAUGUUCGAAAUUACGAGUGUCUAGAAUGUGGAAAGAGAUUUGCCCAAAAGUCUCAUCUCACCGCCCACGCCUUUACGCAUAAUGGUGUUAAAAAUUAUGAAUGUCCAGAAUGUUUCAGGAAAUUUGCCAAAAGAUCUAACCUCACUAAACACACACGCACUCACACUGGCACAAAGAACUACCCAUGUCUGCAGUGUGGCAAGAGAUUUACUGAUAAAUCCAACCUCAACACACACACCUUAAUCCACAGUGGUGUUAGGAAUUACGAAUGUGAGGAGUGUGGUAAAAGAUUCACAACCAAUGCUUAUCUCACUAAGCACGCCUUCAGACACUCCGGCUUGAGGGAGUUCAAGUGUGACGUUUGCGAGAAGUGUUUCAAGACAAAAGAAGACAUUGCUAGGCACGUCAGGAUACACUUAUGA